GAGGACCGCAAUCUCUCUUCUGUAUUUACGUGACGUCGUGGACGAUACGGGGAAGUGGGGGGAAUUCGUAUUUUGUCAUCCUUGUCAUCGAUGCACCGGGAGCUGUUCUGUCAAACAAUAGAAGCGAAUCGUGUCCGUCGUGCCGUGGUAGUGAGUUGGUCCCAUCGUCGUUCGGCAUGGGAGACGGCAAGGAGGGCGAGCGGCAGCCGCUGCUGAAGAAUGAAAACGUCACGUACAGCUCGCACAGCAACGAUGCGAUCGGCGACGAAACACAGUCCAACGUGCACACCGUCUCCACGAUCGGCCCGGAUGAGCUGCCACCGCCGUAUCAGUCCGCCAUCCAGGGUGGCAUGCCAAUGGUCACUUGCAGAGUUUGUCAAGCGAUGAUAGAUAUUUCCGGAAAGAGGGAUCAGCACGUCGUUAAGUGCUGUCAAUGUAACGAGGCUACACCCAUACGAAAUGCUCCACCUGGAAAGAAGUAUGUACGAUGUCCGUGCAAUUGUCUGCUCAUAUGUAAGAGUUCUUCGCAGCGUAUUGCCUGUCCCAGGCCAAAUUGUAAACGUAUUAUCAAUCUUGCUCCAAGCCCUAUUACACCUCCAGUUCUGUCCAUGCCAGGCAUGUGCAGGGUAGGCUGUGCCCAUUGCCAUGACACAUUCUUGUUUAAUACAUUAAAUAACGCUUUGGCUCGAUGUCCACAUUGCCGUAAGAUAUCUUCCGUUGGUCCAGACUUUGCUAGAGGAAGAGGAAUUGUAUUCAUUAUCGUUGGGAUUAUAGCCUUAAUAAUUGCUAUAGCUGUAACAGUUGGAACCUAUAAAUAUGUAAAAACAAAUGGUGGAAUUUAUGUAGCUUAUGUUGGUGCAUUUCUAUUGGCGCUUUUAUGUUUGGGUCGCAGCAUUUAUUACUGUACGAUGAAGAUCAGUUUGAUAGAGGGUCCUAUGUAGUCUCCCAAACAACACACAAUGAACAAUCAACACAAAAUCAAUUCCGCUGAGAUGAAUGUCAUGUAACCUAUUUAGAACAAAUGUAUAGUAAUGUGACAUUUCAAAUCCUUUUAAGGCAAGAGCGAUAUAUAUAUAUGGCCAUAUGAUGUGCGUAUGCAGUUCUGUAUUGUUUAUGUUAAUGCGUGUAUACAUUCUUAUAUAUAAUACGCAUACACAUACGAACAUGUUUCGUGAUCAAGAAGAAGGCAAUUGUUUACAAUGCUUUCUUCAGGUAAAAUAAUGAUCGUAGGAAAUCUUUCUCGAAAGCCUGUAUUUUAUGAAGAAUUGUUCUUAUGCACUUUUAUAUAUACAAGCAUAGGAUCAAUGGCUAUGGGCUUCGAGUUUUAUUUUCAACUUACUGACUAGAGAAUAUGCUCUAAAUAUAUAUAUAUAUACAUACAUGCUUUCUAUAUACAUGCGUAUCGAGUGCACAUAGAUAGAAUCAAAGUGCAAAUGUGCUCAUACUAUUCCAAACGUACGUAUAAAGUAAGUUUUAAAAACUCAUAUAUAUAUAUGAGUCUG